GUCACGCAGUUCAGCAGUAAAUAAAGCCGUAAAAGUGAUGCAGAACUAAUUAAAAUUAAUAAGAACUUGCAGAAUGGGUGAAAAUAUAAAUUUGUUGCGUGCACUAAUUAACUGUGCAGAGAAAGCAGCAAACAUUGCACGCACAUGUCGCUCCAACAGUGAACUGCUAGCUCUGCUGGUCCAGGAGAAAACUGGGGCCGAGGCUAACGAACGUUUUGAACAUGACUUCAAAACUCUAGCUGAUGUGCUGAUACAGGAAACCAUUAAGCAUGAGAUUGGUGAACUGUUUCCAGCCAUGCGCGAUGCCAUACAAGGUGAAGAGUCGCCAAAUUUCACAAACCAUCUGGGCCAGAAAGUGACAAUUGCUGUGGGUGACAAUGAAGCCGCAACCGCAGCGUGCCUCAGCGCUGUUCUUGGAGAUGAUCAUCAAACUGCAUCCAACUCACUUGCUGCUGAAGUGCAUCGUAAGGUCGUAUAUGACAACGCUAAGUUGGCUGACAUUCCAGAGUUGCCAGCAAAGCUUGACUACAGCAAUUUGGGCAUUUGGAUUGAUCCCAUUGAUGCCACUGCCGAGUACAUUUCGGGAGACACUGUGUUCACCAACUUUCCUGGAAUCACAUCGACGGGAUUGGAUUGCGUCACAGUGUUGAUUGGUGUCUAUGAACGCGACUCUGGCGUUCCAGUUAUUGGCAUAGUUGCACAGCCAUUUGCCAACAAGCUGGAAGAGCAUGUGUACAGCACUUCAUUAUAUUGGGGCGUCUGUUUGGCCAACACAAAGGCCCACAACUGCCAUAACUUUCCUGGCCACGAUGACCGUGGCAAGAUUGGCAUUUUUUCCAGCUCUGAAGAUGCCCAAAUACUUCAGCGUUUUCGUGACCUAAAAUACGAGCUUGCUUUCUCAGCGGGAGCUGGACAUAAAGCACUUAAGGUAAUUACCAAUGAUGCGGACGUUUACUUGCUUAGCAAGGGAUCCACAUUCCGAUGGGACACCUGUGCACCUCAAGCUAUUCUUCGUGCUCUGGGAGGCGAUGUUCUCAAUUAUGCCGAAAGUAUCAAGGAACAAAAGCCCGUGCCAUUAAAGUAUCUCGAAGUGGAAACCGACUCCGAUUGGAAGCGCAAUGUGAAUGGUUUGAUAGCUCUGCGCGAUCUCGAAGCAGUAAAAGAACUGCUUCCCAAGCUGCAGGAGAAUUAAAUUUUGUUUUACACUUGCUGUUGUAUUAUAUUGUUGUACAUGUUUGUAUCAAAUAAAUAAUGGAUCUCAAUCUUUAAACAAAA